AUGAGUCCGUCACUUCUCGAGAACGAGGACGGGUUGAGAACCGUCUCUCUGACCGCAUGUCACUCUCCAAUUAAGAACAAUAGUCGUGGGGGAUGGAUUGUCCAGAAAUUUGGCGGGACCAGCGUCGGCAAGCUUCCAUUCAACAUCGCCGAGGACAUUAUACGGGCAAAUCUGAAAGGCAAUCGUGUUGCCGUCGUAUGUUCUGCUCGGAGCACAGGUAAAAAGGUUGAGGGCACCACAAGUCGCCUCCUAGAAGUGUACAGUGUUCUUGAAUCGGUCGCCACCGUUAAAGACACAGAAUCAGUUCAUUACGACAGUCUUGUCCAGGAAUAUAAACGGCUCGUUCAAAUCAUCCAAAACGACCAUGUGCAUGCGGCCGAGACAAGCAUCCGUGAUCUUAAGAUCAGGAAUGUGCUCUCCACAGAGAUCAUAAGCGAAUGCAAGGAGAUACUCGAAUACAGGCUUGCUGCGCAGCGAUGGCACCUGGAGAUCGACUCCAGGUCGAAGGACCGGAUUGUCAGCUACGGCGAGAAAUUGAGUUGCCGAUUCAUGACGGCCCUACUGCGCGACAGAGGCGUGGACGCCGAAUAUGUCGAUUUAUCAGAUGUCAUCAAUUUCAAGUCGCCUGGAGGGAUUAACCAGGAAUUCUACAAUUCGCUGGCGGAGUCUCUCACGGCGAGAGUACUGGCAUGCGAAGACAGAGUGCCAGUCCUCACAGGGUUCUUCGGCACCGUGCCUGGUGGACUUAUGGACGGCGAAAUCGGCAGAGGCUAUACCGAUCUCUGUGCAGCAUUGGUGGCUGUGGGUCUGAAGGCGGAAGAGCUUCAGGUGUGGAAAGAAGUCGACGGCAUCUUCACCGCCGACCCCAAUAAGGUGCCCACCGCGCGACUGCUCAGCACAAUUACGCCUGCGGAAGCUGCAGAGUUGACAUUCUACGGUUCAGAGGUUAUCCAUCACCUUACUAUGGAUCAAGUUAUCCACGCUCAGCCGCCCAUCAGAAUCCGCAUAAAGAACGUCAAGAACCCGAGGGGAAAUGGCACAAUCGUCCUCCCAGAUCCAGUACUCGCGCCAGGCCAGCAGCUCAUCCGCACACGAAGUGUGAGCAUUCCAGGCACCAGAAAGACACCAAAGAGGCCUACGGCUGUUACUAUCAAAAGCCAUAUUGCUGUUAUCAACGUACACUCGAAUAAGCGAUCUAUCUCUCAUGGGUUUUUUGCAAAGGUCUUCUCCAUAUUGGAUAAGCUACGACUUUCCGUUGAUCUCAUCUCAACGAGUGAGGUUCAUGUCUCUAUGGCUGUUCACUCAGUUUCUGAAGAUGAUUUACUGAGGGCGAGGAGAGCAUUAGAAGACUGUGGUGAAGUCAGUAUUCUGACUAAGAUGGCGAUUCUGAGUCUUGUCGGAGCGGAGAUGAAGAAUAUGAUCGGUGUAGCCGGGCGUAUGUUCUCUACCCUGGGGGAGAACAAUGUGAAUAUCGAAAUGAUAUCGCAAGGUGCUAGCGAGAUAAAUAUAUCCUGUGUGGUCGAGGCGUUCGAAGCAAAUCGCGCGAUGAACAUCCUGCACACAAACCUUUUUACAUUUUUAGAAUAA